GAGAGCGCGAGAGAGAGGGAGAAAAAAAAAAAAAACAGGUUUGAGCUUGAGCUGGCGCGCGCAGCAGCAGCAGUGUGUGUCUCGCGCUCACUGAGGAUUGGUUGACUUUCUCUUCUCGAGGACUCGGAUCUAUAUUUGUGGAUUUUCACCGGGGAACCGGACUGUGUGAGCGGGGGAACCCCUGUGGGAUCACUGGCACCUUCUCACCCUGGCAGCGCGGUGACUCCUCGGAGAGCAGCAGCGGGGCAGCGGGCCGUGCGCGGCGGGGAGAAGCCAACAAAGAGCGUCGCUGCGGAGUAAGUUCUCCGGACCUCCGAGCGGAGCCUCGGCUGGCCGCUUCACCAUGGCGCGCGGCGGACUCCUCCGCGCGGGCUGCACGCUGCUCGGCCUCGUCCUGCUCCUGAACGCGGGGCUGUUCCGGGUCAGCGGACAGUACGGCGACCGAGGCUUGUCGAUCCCGGAGCACGGAUUCUGUCAGCCCAUUUCCAUCCCGCUGUGCACGGACAUCCCCUACAACGAGACCAUCAUGCCCAACCUGCUGGGUCACACCAACCAGGAGGACGCCGGGCUGGAGGUGCACCAGUUCUACCCGCUGGUUAAGGUGCAGUGCUCCCCGGAUUUAAAGUUCUUUCUGUGCUCCAUGUACGCGCCCGUGUGCACGGUGCUGGAACAGGCGCUGCCGCCGUGCCGCUCUCUAUGCGAGCGCGCGCGCCAGGGCUGCGAGGCGCUCAUGAACAAGUUCGGCUUCCAGUGGCCCGACAGCCUCAGGUGCGAGAGCUUCCCCGUGCACGGAGCCAGCGAGCUGUGCGUGGGCCAGAACACGUCGGACCGGAGCACGGACUCGGACGGUCCGGGACCCUACCUCACCGAGCCCCCUCCUUACGACAGCCGCAAGGGGGAGUUCAGGUGCCCGGAGUCGCUGAGGGUCCCUCCCUACCUGAACUACCGCUUCCUGGGCCAGGAGAACUGCGGCGCCCCCUGUGAGCCCAAGAAGUCCCACGGGAUGAUGUACUUCAGCGAGGAGGAGCUGAAGUUCGCCCGGAUCUGGAUUGGCAUCUGGUCAGUCCUGUGCUGUGCGUCCACCUUGUUCACCGUGCUGACCUACCUGGUGGACAUGAAGCGAUUCAGCUACCCUGAGCGGCCCAUCGUCUUCCUGUCCGGAUGUUACACCAUGGUGUCCAUCGCCUACAUUGCUGGUUUUUUACUGGAGGACAAAGUGGUUUGUAAUGACCGGUUUGAGAAUGAGAUCAGGACUGUGGUGCAGGGCACCAAGAAGGAGGGCUGCACCAUCCUCUUCAUGAUGCUCUACUUCUUCAGCAUGGCCAGCUCCAUCUGGUGGGUCAUCCUGGCGCUCACCUGGUUCCUGGCGGCUGGGAUGAAAUGGGGCCACGAGGCCAUUGAGGCAAACUCUCAGUACUUCCACCUGGCGGCCUGGGCCGUACCUGCCAUCAAGACCAUCACCAUCCUGGCUGUGGGACAGGUGGACGGCGACGUGCUGAGCGGGGUCUGCUUCGUGGGCAUCAAUAGCGUGGACGCCCUACGUGGCUUUGUCCUGGCGCCGCUAUUUGUCUACCUGUUCAUCGGCACCUCCUUCCUCCUGGCGGGAUUUGUGUCACUUUUCCGCAUCCGGACCAUCAUGAAGCAUGAUGGUACCAAGACGGAGAAGCUGGAGAAGCUGAUGGUGCGGAUCGGGAUCUUCAGCGUGCUUUACACCGUGCCAGCCACCAUUGUCAUUGCGUGCUACUUCUACGAGCAGGCCUUCAGGGAGCAGUGGGAGAAGACGUGGAUCAGCCAGACGUGCAAAACCUACGCUGUCCCCUGUCCUGUCCACACCCACCCCAGCAUGAGCCCCGACUUCACCGUCUUCAUGAUCAAGUACCUCAUGACACUCAUUGUGGGCAUCACCUCUGGUUUCUGGAUCUGGUCCGGAAAGACCCUCAACUCCUGGAGGAGGUUUUACAUGAGACUGGCCAACAGUAAACAGGGUGAGACCACAGUCUAACAGGACGCAGGUCCUUUAUGCCCUUCUGGGUUCUUUCUGACUCAGCAGACACUUUGUAUGUUUUUGUUUUUUUAAUGUACAUACACAUUUGUGAGAUUUUUGUAAGUAUAUAUUUGUAUUUAAAGAUUGUAAAAAUCCAUUCUUUAAAAAAACAACACUUUUUCAUAUUUUGGACUGAUGGGUUUGUACUAAAGAGACAGCCGGUCUUCCAGGAUCCGGACCUCUCCUGGGAGGGUUUCAUCAUCUUUAAACUGUUUCUGGAACAAAAGGUAGAAUAACUACAAACUCUGCACCAAAAACCUUUUAUCCUGACAUUUUGACAAACCAGGAUGAUCUACCUAAAGAGGCAGUCUUUUAUUUAUUUAUUUAUUUAUUUUUUUUUGACAGCAUUUUGACCUAAAAUCUCAUCAGUAAUCUGUUUUAUUGCUUAAAAUCUAUUUAUCACCUGAUCAGAACUAAGCAUAAAGCCCUUUUAAUUGUUGUUUACAAACAUCAAGUACAAACAAUCGCUCAACAGCUUCUAAAAAUUUAAAUUUAAUUUUAAAGCUUCUUUUGUUUCCCCAUUUACAAACUUUUUUUUUUUUUUACAUAUUUGAUGUUAGAAUAUACAAAAUAUAAGGACACAAUCUUUUUCAAAACCAUUAAAAAUAAUUUUUUCUAGCUUUUUGAAGUCAGUUCUGUUCAUGCUGGUAUACAAUUAGAACAUCUGGGAUAGAUAAACCAUGAUAGCAAAUGUAUGUUUUUUGUUUUUUUCCUCCCCUGUAUUUUUGUAUUUUUUAGCUUUUUGUUUGUUUGUUUGUUUGUUUACUAAAACUGAUGAUAUGAACGUGCAUAGGCUUAUAUUGAUAAUAGUUUUCCUUCUUUGCAUGAUUACAUUGUAGCCAAGUGUGAAA